GGAGACUGACGACAAUCAGCCCAGUGGGUCUGUGCUCAGGACUGAGUAAGACAGAAGGUACCUGUAUGCAUGAACCCUCAAGCAGGCGUGUGCACGCGUGAGCGCGCACACAAAUAAAAGAUGCUUUUAAAGAAAAAGCGUCUCUUUUACGGAGACCCGCCAACAUGGGCCGAGUUCGCACCAAGACUGUGAAGAAGGCGGCCCUGGCCAUCAUUGAGACGCACCUGGGUAAUGACUUCCACACCAACAAGCGCCUGUGCAAAGAGAUCGCCAUUAUCCCCAGCAAGAAGCUUCGGAACAAGAUAGCCGGCUACGUCAUGCAUCUGAUGAAGCAGAUUCAGAGAGGUCUUGUGAGAGGUUUCUCUAUCAAGUUGCAGGAAGGAGAGAGAGAGAGGGAGAGAGAGAGAGACUGCCAGCAGCCACAGGUCACUGGGUUCCUGAAAGGAAAGCUGGGGUUGGAUGGGAAGGUCAGCGAGAGAAGUAACGAGCCAAGACAAAGUUCUCUGAUCGAGGCUCAGUAUUUUAAUUCUAAGGUCUGA